AUGCGCCAGCAGAAUGAGGUGUCUGCGAUUGCGUUGAGCUGGGUGUCCCUUCCCGCUGACUUCUCGCUGGAGGGGACACUUCCUGAAACCCUGGCAGCUUCUGUCUCAUUGUCCCUCCCUCCCUGCAGGCAGCUCCUCUCCGUGCAGGCCUUCCUCCUCAGGUUGCAGGCCUCCAGCAGUUCCACGUCUCCAUCUUCUGCGGCCCCUGCCCCUGCACACCAGAGCAGCUGUGGAGGCUGCUGGGUGGGCAGGAGGCUGAGGAGAGGGGUCUCUGGACACCUGCAGGGUGGCAGUCCUACCCUUUUCCACUCUAGUCCCACUCUCCUGCCCUCCUCUCUCCGUUGGCCCGCCAGGCCUGGCCACGAGCCAGCCUCCCUCCGUGCUCCUGUCUCUUUCUGUGCUGUUUGCUCUCACUCUGUACUUCCCUCCACCCCAUGGCCUAGUGUCACAGCAAAACUCAUCAAUGGAGGCGUGGCAGGGCUUGUGGGGGUGACCUGGGUGUUCCCCAUUGACUUGGCCAAGACUCGACUGCAGAACCAGCAUGGAAAUAUACCUACAAAGGGUAAGAUAGAUUGCCUGAUGAAGACAGCGAGGACGGAGGGCUUCUUGGACAUGUACCGAGGGGCCGCUGGGAACCUAACCUUGGUCACUCUGGAGAAGGCCAUCAAGUUGGCAGCCAACGACUUCUUCCGGCAGCUGCUAAUGGAGGAUGAGUACGCCAGGAUGCAGCAGAAUGUGAAGAUGAAGAUGCUAGCCGGAUGUGGAGCUGGAAGGUGCCAGCUGCUGGUUACCUGUCCCAUGGAAGUGCUCAAGAUUCAGCUGCAGGAUGCUGGGCGUCUGGCCGUCCAUCAUCAGGGCUCAGCCUCAGCACCUUCCUCCUUCAGGUCCUACACUACUGGCUCAGCAGCCACCCACAAGCGCCCAUCUGCCACCCUCACUGUCUGGGAGCUGCUUUGUACCCAGGGCCUAGCUGGUCUCUAUAAGGGUCUGGGUGCCACUCUCCUCAGAGACAUUCCCUUCGCCAUCAUCUACUUCCCACUGUUUGCCAACCUGAACCACCUUGGCUUCGAUGAGCUUACUGGGAAGGCUUCCUCUGCUCACUCCUUUGCGCCAGGCUGUGUUGCAGGUUCUGUAGCUGCUGUCACAGUCACGCCUCUGGAGGGGUCUAGCCGGAUUGAGCCUAUUUUCCAUGGCCUGGACCCAACUGCGAAACUCUGGAUUCAGGAGGGACCCUCUGCCUUCACGAAAGGAGCAGGCUGCCGGGCCCUUGUCAUAGCUCCUCUCUUUGGGAUUGCCCAUGGUGUCUACUUCAUUGGUAUCGGGGAGAGUAUCUUAAAGUGUUCUGGAUAGACAGAGCUGGAGCUCAAGUCCCCUUACUUGCUGCCAUCUCUCCAGCUCAUUCUUUCUAGACUAGAGGGGGAAGAGCAAGAUGGCCCCCGUGUUGCAUUUUGUCCUCUAACCUGCAGAACUACCUCAGUCUCAGAAGAAACCGCCUUAUUCUAAUAAGCAAGCUGGGUAGAGCCUUGCUCUCCCUUCGUGAUACCUGCAUUCAUUUUCUUUGAGGCCACAGCUUCCAGGGAGCUGCAGAAGCCCCUAACCACCUCCUUUUCAACAACAACUGAGCAGCCCAGGGAAAGUCAGGGCAGCCAUCCUGUCCCAAAUCCUCCUUCUGAAGCACAAGCUCUUGCAGACCAAUGUCCAUGGAACAGUUUGAAAUAAAGUCAACUAGUUAAAAUCUCGUCUUGUAAGUAGUGGGAGAAGCAGACAGGCUGCAAUGAAUAGUGUCUGUCAUCUACCUUUCUGUGUCCGUUUCAGAACCAAACUACAGUCAUGCGCCACAUAACGACGUUUUGGUCAAUGACAAACAACAUAUACGACGGUGGUCCCAUAAGACUAUUACGACACAGCCUAGGUGUGUAGUAGGCUAUCCCAUCAAGGUUUGUGUUAAGUACACGCUGUGAUGUUUACACAAUGAAAUCGCCUAAUGACACACUGCUCAGAACGCAUCCCCGUUGUUAAGUGACAGCACGUAACUGGACAGUUCAACGAGCACUGGCGCAGGCCUCUGUCACUUACUCUUCAAACCGCUCCUCAUGAGUGGGGAAGAGCAGGAGGGAUACUUUACUUUAUUUUUAAGUGGGAUUUGGUUUUAAGUCUUGGUUCUAUCACUUCCUAACUGCACCAUCUUGAGGAACUGAGUCUGCAGUGACAGAGUCCUCAUGCGCCUCAAUUCCUUCCCCAUAGGCUGCAAUAGAGAAAUGACAUUACACAAGUGGAGUUAAGUCCUAAGAAAAAAAUAGGUGUUCCAGGAGCUGGUAUUCAUUAGUCCUCACCUAAUCUAAAACUUACGUUAAUGAAACAACGGUCAGCCUUACUGGCCUCAUUCUCUACCAAGAGGACUGCGUGGAGUGUAGGCUCUAGAGGCAGAGCUGGAGUUUCUGCCACGCACUAGCUGUCAGACCUCGGGCCGCUCUUACCAGACAUCUGAGGAAAAAAGAAUGAGGAGUGGGAAGAGGAGGAUCUUUGGGAAAAGGUUUAGGCCUAACACACAGUAAUCCCUAACCCCUCUCCCCUUAAAAAACCUUAGUUUCUUUUCUGUCUCUGCCAAAGCUAAUAAAACUACUUCCUCAGUGAAGCUGUCAAACCCUCUAGAGGACAGGUAAUACUGAACACUUGCAUGAGUGGAGGUUCAUAAGGGGCUGGAAGGAACAUUCCUUCUGGGUGAGAGUCUGGUAAAAACGAGCAGGAAGCACCAGAGGACACAGAAAGGGUUAAUGGCUUCAAGUACUGACAGCUGUCAACCAGCAAAUGCCA